AUGGCGGAGCUGGAGCUGUCGUACCGUGAAGCUGCGGAACGCCUGGCCAGCACCAAGCGCGAGCUCAAAGCGGCCGAAGGGACGCCGGCGGAGCGCAACUUGCGCCGCGUGCUGGAGCGCCACUGCCGCUACUUUGCCCUGCUGCAGCCCAUUAUGAAGGACAUUGACAAGGAGGUGGAUUCGCCGCCGUCCAAGAGGCCGAGACUUAGUACGAAGCGGAAGUCAGUGAAGGUAGCUCAGCAGCCAGUAGCGGCUGCGAACCUUCCUCCUCCAGCGCCAGUUCCAGCUCGAGCUCCUGCUCCUGCUUGCGCUGCUAGUCCUUCGCCUGCCAGGUUGCGGUCACGCUCACCUUCGCCGGCAAAGAAACAGAAGUCUCACUACCAGCUGCGAGAUCGACGAGGGCUGGAGUCGCUGACGGAGGAUAUAGUCUGGGACUUUGACAACGAGUCCGUUGGUGGCGUGAGGGGUCCAUUUACUCCCCCGACGCCGCCGACUACGCGUCCAGUGAGGAAGAGCAAGAGCUUGGCGAUGCAGUCCAUUUCAGUUAUGCAGCUGGAAGAGGAGGAGGAGGAGCGAGGGCAUGUUCGACGCCGACGGGACAUUCCGUCCGAUCCCGUGAAGAAGCGGCCGGCGCUGAGGUCGAUUGAUGAAAUUGACCUGGAAAAGGCCCGCGUGGAGCUCACACUGCGUCAGCUGGAGUUGCAAAUGGCGCGCGAUCGAGCACUCGUCGCUCGUGCCAAAGCUCGAGCACAACUACUCGACCAAGGAGUGUCGCGGCGAGAGGUCGAUCGACUCAUGCCGCUCGGUAUCUGA